AUUUUUGUCUGACCAUGCGCAGGGAGCUUAACUCCCGGAAUCAGAGUCAAAUUGUGGUUAAAUUCAAUUUAACUAACCUCAACAAAUAGCAUGGCCCGAGUAAGGUUAAGAAUUACCGAACAAACAAAAGUUUGAGCCGACAGAAUGGAAGGCACGGAAAUGGUAUGUGAAAUUAGUGUGGAUAAGACGGAAUCAGCGGUUGAUUUGAGCACAGAAUUAUCGAAUUCUGAUAGAGUUGACGCCGAUGAUAAAGUCGCGCUAAAUUUAUUGAGCAAGAGUCAAUUAAAAAAGAUUAAAAAGAAGGAAAAAUGGCUUGAAAGAAAAGUUGAAAAAAGGCUUAAUGAACGAGCGAAGGCAAAGAAGAGGCGUGCGAUUGCACGAGCCAAUAAUAUAGAUUUGGGCCCAUCACGUAAAGCAUUGAAGAAAUCUACGAUGGCUGAUAGCAGUUGCAAACUUACAGUGACUAUUGACUUGUCAUUUGAUGAAUUAAUGAUAGACAAAGACAUUGCCAAACUUAUUAAACAAAUAUUACGGUGCUAUACAUUAAACAGGCGAGCGUCAGCUCCGAUGCAAUUUUCAUUGACUAGUUUCGAUGGGAAAUCAAAACAAGAAAUGGCCAAACAUAAUGGAUACGAACAUUGGGAUGUUCAAUUUUACUCCGAGUCAUAUUUGAAUAAGUACCCAAAAGACAAGAUAAUUUACCUCACUAGUGAGUCGGAAAAUGUUAUUGAAAGCUUGGACUUUGACUGCAUCUAUGUUAUUGGUGGCCUUGUAGACCAUAACUCUCAAAAGGGACAUUGUUACAACCUUGCUGUAAAAGAGGGUAUAAGACACGGGCAGCUACCAUUAGCAAAAUUUUUGCAGAUGAAAGCUAGAAAAGUUUUAACCGUUGAUCAUGUUUUUGAAAUACUGCUCAGAGUGACUGAAGGCAAAACUUGGCAAGAAGCAUUUUUGCAAGUAUUACCAGAGCGAAAAAAUGCUCAACCUGUAUCAAAGAGUUCAAGUGACACUUUAGAAAUUAUGAAAGAUAUCAGUAAAAGUGACUCAGAAGAGAGAAGUGAUUACAACGCAUGUGAACAACUUGAAGAUUCUGCGUGACAAACGUUCAUCGAGAGCUAAAUAAAAACUUAAUCUGAGGCUGUGGAAGUAAAUAGAGAUGCGAUACUUAUGAAAUAUCACUGAGUUUAAAAAUAAAACACCAUUGGAAAUACUGCAUAUGAUACAAAUUAAAUGCAUCAUCAAGACCUUAGUCCAAAGAUGAUUGCAAGAUGACAAGUAAAUUAUUCAAGGUACGCACUUAAAGUUUCUUUACUUGAAAUGUGAAUGAGGCAAAGUUAGUUGCAGAUGAAUUUUUCCUGAUUGUCAUAUAUGGCAAGAACGGUUUUGGAAUAUGAUACUAUUAAGAUAUGUAUUUAUUGUUUCAAAAUUACGAGAAUCAUACAUAAAGCAAAUUUGUUUUGUUUAGUGUAGUUAUGAUUCACUGCUUAUCAUAAUAAGUACAUAUGUGAGUAAAUAAAUAAAUUUCGGCUAUUUAUGUACUAACUGUACAGGCUCAACCGAACAAAUUUUUUUAAUAAGAUCAUUACUUGUUUUGUUCAGCCUGUACUAUUUCAAACACCUUUCUAUCGCGUAUAUUUCAUUUUUUUUUGUAUGAAAUCAUAACAUGAUAAAACCGUCUAUAAUAUCGCGAUUUUCAAUACCGUCCAUUUACGAAAAUUUAAUAAUUUUUGUCAGAUAAAAUUUGAGUUCAACUGUAAUAUUUGAGUGUGGAUAAUUUAUGCACGCUACAAA